AUGAGCUCGUUUUCCAAUCGCGUCAAGCAGCGGACACUGCGUCGCACGGCAAUGGCCAACACGGACAUCAGCACGUUCAUCUCACGAGCGUCGUCCGAGCGAGCGACAGUGCUGGCGUCACCCUCGCUGUCGUCAUCGAGCGAGACGCUCAAGGACUGGAUGUACUGGCAACGCGACGCUAGCAACGCGCACUGCUGGACCAAGGUCUACGGCGUGCUCGACAGUGAGUUUCUCUGGCUGUUCAAGACCAAUCACUCGAGCAAGACCAUGUUCCUCCAAAUCGCCGUCUCGGACGUCCACGUGUCGGGCCAGCGCCAGCUGCGCGUCGUGGACCCAAACGGAGAGCACAUGGAGAUCUGGCUCCUGGACGAAGACAGCUUUAGCGAGUGGCAUCACCGACUCGAGGAGGCAGCGGCGCUCACGUCCCAGUUUUUCCGCGCCACGGAGCUCGAGGCCCGACGGCUGCCGCGCCAUAGCGCCUACCGCGGCAGCCUCGUGUCUUAUCGUCGGGCGAGCAAGCGAUCUCGGUGCCGAGCGCUGCUCGGGUGUCUCACGCAGUGGCGCCAGAAAGCCGCCGAGCCGUCCUGGUGA